AAAAAAUCUUAAGGGUUUAACAGAAGUGAACGCGCAGAGAACACAACUCCACAACAAAUCUCAAUUCAAAGCGUUUCUUCGAUAGACAAUGGUUUCUUUAUCGACUUGGUUUCGAUACAUCGCCCACAAGGUCGAAUAUUCUGUCUCCGUCAGCUGGAAGAACUAUACACGAGGUCAAAUCAGUGACAGAGAAUUACAUGAUUCAGUUUGGAAAUAUGUAUUUCAUGGAAAGUUGACCUAUUUACAUUGGAAUAAAGGGGAGGAGAUGGCCCCAACUAUAGGAGGGAAAGUUGGAACCCUUCUUGUAAGGAAGUUACCUUCUGCAGAUCCAACGCGUGUUUUUGUUGGAGAUGUUGUGGUGUUGAAGGACCCUGAGAAAUCAGACAACUACCUAGUAAGACGGUUAGCUGCCAUUGAAGGGUAUGAAAUGGUGUCUACUGAUGAGAAAGAUGAGCCUUUUGUUCUAGAAAAGGAUCAGUGCUGGGUGUUGGCUGACAAUGAAAACAUAAAACCAAAGGAAGCCAAUGACAGUCGAGCCUUUGGUCCAGUUCCCAUGACAAAUAUAGUUGGAAGAGUUCUUUAUUGCCUUCGGACAGCUGUGGAUCAUGGCCCUGUCCAGAACAGUUAUUUCGGCAUGCGAAAGGAUUCACCAGUGUUGGAGGUGGAACUGGAUGUGGAUGAAAUAGUGAAAAAUCACCGAGCAUAGACUCUGCCCCCACAGGGCAUUGACUCUUGUGGUUUGUAUUGAUUGUAUUUUCUUGCUUAUUGUGCUCAUUAGAUAUCUGGAUAAGUACCAAGGGAAUAAUAAAAAGCGAUCUUUAGGUUCAUCCCUAAUGGGAGGUGCAGUAAUUAUGGUUAUCCUUGACCGGGUGUGGCUGCCAGGAAAUCUGAGUCUUUCCUUCAGAUUGGGGUACACAGAGAGACAUGUCUUGUUGAGUUUGGACUAUGUUUAAGAUUUUGUUGGAACAUUAUGUGGUUUCAAAGGCUAGCCAAAGAACAGGAAAAAAAUCUGAAGAAAAACCAAUGCAUUUAUACUUUUUUGGGGCUGUUAACGAUUAACAUCAAGGAAAUUUUUUUUUUUUUAA